GCUGUUCCGUGGCCUCUGAUGGGACCACCAAAUGCACAUAAUAGCUGUCUCCGUAGGUUAUACCCACUAUGGCGUGGUACGAUGGGUUCUGAGAUUGUACCGUAGUUGAUAUGGCCAGAUCGGGUAAACAACUUGUUGUCACAUUGUUUGGCGUCGUUCCUUGUAUUGCUUUGCAUCGUGCUUACACGACGGUGUUACAUGAUAUCAUCAUUGUAUCUGAGUUGUACGACUUACUAGUCACCUUCAUCUUAUCUUCUUGCUACUACAAUCAUGUAGGUAUAUGCGUUCGAAAAGCGCAUAUGGGCACCCGCCAGUUCCACGUGAGUCAUUGGAGGGUCUCUGGUGUCUUUCUUCGCCAAAGGCUGUUAGUGGGCAGGUAUAUGCGUUCGAAAAAUGCAAGACUGUGCGGCUGUGGCAUGCAGUGACUAGACAGCCAUUGGGUGAACCCUUGGAGGGGCACACUAGUGAUGUUUCCUCAGUCUCGUUCUCACCGGAUGGUACUCGCGUCGCAUCUGGUUCUUGGGAUAAGACUAUGCGGCUGUGGGAUGCGGCGACGGGACAGC